AGGAAAGCUCAUAGCCACAACCUCCCUUCCGGCCUUCUCCUUCCCCUUCUCCUCUCUCUAUAUAUAUCUCAUUCCUUUCUUCCGACCAGUGAAUCGAUCGCCUCUCUCCUUGUGUUCCGGCCAUCGACCGCUGUCAUCGAUCGGAGCGGAGUCGAGGUAGAUAAUGAAGGAGGGAGAGGAGUCAGAGGGGAGGAGCAGGCCUGGAAUGCGAUCGUUGCUGUCGAAGUACGAGAUGGGACGGACGCUGGGCGAGGGCAACUUCGGGAAGGUCAAGUACGCGAGGCACGUUGAGACCGGCCGCUCCUUUGCCGUCAAGAUCCUCGACCGCAAGCGCAUCCAAUCGCUCAACCUCGACGACCAGAUCAAGAGGGAGAUCGGCACCUUGAAGCUUCUCAAGCACCCCAACAUCGUCCGCCUGUACGAGGUGUCCGCUAGCAAAAUCAAGAUUUACAUGGUCCUGGAAUACGUAAAUGGUGGCGAAUUGUUCGACAUAAUUCCGGCGAAGGGACAGCUUUCCGAAAAGCAAGGACGACAUUUUUUUCAACAGUUGAUUGAUGCGAUUAGCUAUUGCCAUGAUAUGGGUGUUUACCACAGAGAUCUAAAGCCGGAAAAUGUACUUGUGGAUGCAAAUAGAAACAUAAAGAUAUCUGAUUUCGGUCUCAGUGCUUUACCUCAGCAUCUUGGGAAUGACGGCUUGUUACACACAACAUGCGGAAGCCCAAACUACAUUGCUCCUGAGGUUCUCUCCAACCGAGGUUAUGAUGGUGCAAGGUCAGAUAUAUGGUCGUGUGGUGUCAUUUUAUAUGUUCUUCUCACUGGUUAUCUUCCUUUCGAUGAUCGAAAUCUUGCUGUUCUAUAUCAGAAGAUACUUAGGGGAGAUACAAAGAUUCCCAACUGGCUCUCUCCUGGUGCUCAAAACAUGCUUAGGAGAAUUCUCGAUCCAAAUCCUGUUACUCGGAUAAAUGUGGCAGGAAUCAAGGCAGAUGAGUGGUUCAAGCAAGACUAUGUACCAGCUGUCCCGAACGAUGGCUAUGGCGAUGAGGAGAUACUCUUCCAUAACUCUCUUCCAAGUAAAGAGGAUAAUGUCGCAGAUGAAAAUGAGACUUCGCCCAGCCAUAUCAAUGCAUUUCAGCUGAUCGGAAUGUCUUCAUCACUUGAUCUUUCUGGUUUUUUUGAGAAAGAGGAUGUCUCCGAAAGGAAAAUCAGAUUUACAUCAAACUAUGCACCUAAUGUUUUGUUUGAGCGUAUAGUGGACAUUGUCACACAAAUGGACCUUCAGGUUCUGAAGACACACGACAAAUUGAAAGUCGUUCAGAAGCAGGACUCAAAGAGGCCCAAGAACGUUGGAUCACUCUGCGUUUCGAUAGAGGUGUUCGAGGUCAAUCCAUCUUUAUGUGUUGUAGAAUUGAUGAAAUCACGAGGUGAUUCUUCAUGGUAUAGGAAGAUGGGCUCAAGGUUAUCAGAAGAGUUGGGCGUGGGUAAAGACCAGAAGCCAUCGGAGAGAGAAAUGACAACACCAGAGGAAGCGGAGGUGCCUUCUGCUGCUGCAUUGUGACACAGGAUAAUUUUGAAGUGGGUAGUAGGAUUAUGAAGUGAAUAGGGGUUGUACAGAAGCCUAGGAACUUUAUGCAUGGGACGAUAAAUAUUUUCAAAUGGAAAAAAAAAUUGUCAAUCAGAUUAAUAAACUUAUAACAA